UCAGAAUAUUUAGUGACCAUGCUCCUGUUGUUCAACAUACUGGGAGCCAUUACUACCAUCUGUAUUAAAGAAAUAUAGAAAAAUGCAGCGUCAAAGUAUGGUAUGGCAGCCUGAAGAAAACUCGCCCAACUUCUAAACAGCAAAAGAAUGACUAGAACAUUUACAGAAUUAUCUCUUAGUCCGUUGGAAACGGCUAUGUUCUCCGGGGGUAACAUGUCAUUAGAUCUUUUCAGUGAAACUAAUGAGAACAAUAUGACUGACAGCCAACUACAAGACAACCUAGUUCCAACAGGUGUCCAGGUUUUAAUGUAUGUGAUGUAUAUAGCGAUAUCUCUUACUGCUAUUGGUGGGAACGGUAUCGUAUGUUAUAUUGUACUUUCCGAUCCCCGAAUGCGAACUGUUACUAACUUUUUCAUUGUUAACCUUGCAGUUGGUGACAUUUUGAUGGCUCUUCUCUGUAUUCCCUUUACCUUUGUUGUUAAUCUUAUUCUGGGAUCUUGGCCAUUCGGAGCGGCUUUCUGUGUGAUUUUCACUUACGCUCAGGCUGUUUCUGUGUUUGCUAGUGCUUAUACAUUAAUAGCGAUUAGUGUCGACAAGUAUAUUGCCAUCAUUAAGCCUCUGAAGCCACGAAUGACCAAACUACAAGCUAAGUUACUUAUUUUUGCUGUAUGGUUGGUGGCACUGCUUACGCCUCUACCGACAGCCAUCGUUUCUAAGCUUGUUCCCAAGAGCAACACCAAUCGUUAUCUCUGUACCGAGGUAUGGACCACCCCAGUUCAAAGAUAUUACUACAGCAUGGCCCUCAUGACCUUACAGUACUUUCUGCCAUUGAUAGUACUCAUUUUAACCUACACCAGGAUAGCUAUUGUUGUUUGGGGAAAGCGAACACCAGGGGAGGCUGAAGAUACCCGAGAUCAACGAUUGGCUGCAUCAAAACGAAAGAUGGUCAAGAUGAUGAUUAUUGUAGUGUCCGUAUUCACCAUCUGCUGGCUACCACUGAAUAUUCUGAUAGUGAUAGGGGAUCAAGACCCGUCUAUUUGGAAUGUGCAGAACAUCAAGUACGUGUGGUUUGUCUGUCACUGGCUGGCUAUGAGUCACACUUCUUACAACCCUGUCAUAUACUGUUGGAUGAACUCCAAGUUUCGAACGGGCUUCCGGCAGUUUUACCUUCACUUGCCGUGUAUUCGAAGAAGCUGGCGCCGUCAGUAUGGAGAAGCAUAUAGUCUGAAGCGAGGGAGUACUUACACUACCAAUACUAGUGUUCGUACGGCUAGUCUCCAAAGCUCUAUGAUAAACACGGCAUCUUCAUCCAACAGCCGGAAUGGCGGAAGCGAAACGAACCCGUUUAAGAUUAAAAGAACGUUCAAAAGUUAUGUUUCUGGUUCUGAGGAUCACACGAACGAGUGCCAUUUGUAGAGCGGUUGAGGAACUCUUGGUUGAACCUACAUGAUAAGACACAUACGAUUUUUGUUUGUUUGUUUGCUAUUAAGCACAAAACUACACAAUAGUCUAUCUGAAUCACCAGAGGCCCCACACUUUUGUAAAUUCCAUGUCCAGUAUUCACAAAUAUUUAUUUUUAUUGCAGUUUAUGUUUAAUGAUAGGAAUUACAGUAAGGAAGUUACCGCUGGGAAGCGAAACAUCAGUUUGUUUGUUAUAAUCUUAAAAACAAGAACCUUUCUAACAUAAAACACUCUAACAUGCUAAUUAUAAGAAAUGAAUGAAAGUUUUCAAGCUUCUAAAAAUCAUUGUUGUCCCAACUCACCAGUGUUAAAACAACAGUGAUUUUGUUAAUGCAUGACUUUCUUACCGUUUAAGUAUAACACAAGAUAACCUAAAAUCAAUAUAAUGGUUGGAGACGGCUUGAA